ACUGGGGAGUUGGUAUUGGAACGCAUAUCUAAGGCUACUCAAUUGAAAAAGAUUCGUGAUGAUCAGACAUCAAAGAAAACGGAGUCACUCUCGGCAACUGGAGCAGGAGCAGUUGAUCAUCAUUCCGCUAACCAAAGAGCCAAACCAAGGACCAUGUCCGAAUCCAGUUCAGACGAACCUACUCCUCGAGGCAAGGAGGGAGCCAGCCAACUGACUGCCUCAAAAUCUAGGAAGUCACCGGCGUCGCAUUCCCCGGUGCAGCACUUUGUUCCCACAAAGACGUCUACUUUGAGUUCGCCAAGCAGCUCGAGUAGUGACAACGAUAGCCGUGGAGCGGUCUCACCUGACCGAUGUAGUCUUUCAAGUCUGAGCAGUCUCGAGUCUCUUGACUCUCCUCCUCCCAGUAAAAAGAGUGGCGUGAAAUCUGUUUCGCCCCCAAAAACAGGAAAGCAGGGCCAGUCUGCUGGUCUUGAUAACAACGCGAAGAGUAACCCGCUCUCCCUCCAUCGUGACCUAAUAGAGAACGAUCUUCAUCUCAGCGAUAGCGAUGAUUCCGACGAUGGUUGCUAG